AUGGAUAAAAUAAAUCCUGAAAAGAUUUUAAGCGAAGAAGAAAAAAAAGCUUGCAAAGAAUCAUUUGAUGCGUAUGAUAAAUUAGGAUAUGGAACUUUAGAAGUAGAAGAACUUUAAAAAGUAUUAGAAGAACUAGGUGAAAAACCUACUAAGGAGGAAUUAUACAAAAUGAUAAGUGAAGUAGAUAAAACUAAUAAAGGAUAUAUAGAAUUCAAUGACUUUAUGAGAGCAAUAGCAUAUUAUAAAAUGCUUGAAAAAGAAUCAGAAAACGAUGAUACAUUGGAAGCUUUUGUUGCAAUGGGAGGUUCAGUUGACAAAUCAGGAAACGUUGAUACUGCUAAAUUGAUAUAAAUUGUAAGAGAUGAAUUUAAUAUGACUAUAGAUAUCGAAAGAUUAAUACAUGAAAUAGAUCAUGAUAAGAGUGGUAAAAUAUCUUUUGAUGAAUUUAAAGCUUUACUCUCUAAAUGA